AUGAAGACUUGCAAUAAGGAGAAUCAGGCGCCUGCGGUGGAGAUAUCAGCUUUCAUCGACAGCAACAACAGGAGCAUCACUUACCCCGUCCUCCCUGCGCUCGAGCCUACAGCGACCACGACGACGACGACAGCGAAUGUUCCCAAGCCGUCCAUGCCAGAUAGAGCUCUGAAGCGAAGACAUCACCCUUCUGCACCAUCCACAACCUCCACAGCUCCGACCGCCGCAUCACCCACCACCACCACCACCAUCCCAAACCGGCCCCCCAAUGCUCAACCAAGAGAACCCCUCUUCCUCCCCCGCAACCACCACAGUCACAGCCACAGCACCGACAUCGAGAUCCUGCAAUCCGCCGGCCGCCAAGCCUGUCUCAAACGAGGCCACCUCAUCCCCGCAACGACGCCGUGUAAUGUUGGAAGACCGAGAGUCAAGUUGGGGUUUUUGACGGAGAGUCCGGCGAGGAAGGGGUGGAGGGAUGGUGUUAGACGAGUCUUUGGCGGGAGGAGGGAAGAAGAUGGUUUCGGAAAUGGGUCGAGGGAUGGGAGCGGGAGUGGAACUGUAAGAAGCCUAGGUGGAGGAAGGGUGGAGAAGGGGGAUGAGGUUGAGGAUGAUGAGUUUGAGGAUGCGGUUGUUGUUUUGGGUGGAGAUGAGGGCUCGAGCCGGAAGAGUGACACUCGGCCGAGUUCGACUUCGACGUCUGUAUCCGAGGAGGAAGGGGGAAGGGCAGUCCAGACCGCGAAGGUCGUUCGUCCGAGCGGGGGCGUUAUGAAUCCCGGACGGACCUCGCCUGGGGUUGCGCGGCUUCCGCUGUCCAGGCAGAAUGUCGCCAUGCUCGACGCUGCGCCGCCGCCGACGAGUAUCGCACAGUCGCCGCGCUUCAGUCCUGGUCCUGUCUCAAGAGUGCGUGGCAGCAGUCGCUUCGCCCCACGACCAGGAAAUGCCAACACAUCCGCCGGUCCCUCUGCCUCCAACUCGAGAUCGAGAUACGACACAUCCGCCGCCGCUGGUAGCUUCUCACCCUCCCGAAUGUUCGACGCUCCUCCCAGGCGGAACCCGGCGAGAUUGACCAACGCGAAGGAGAAGCAGGCUUCUAAGCUGUCGGAAGUGCAUGUGCCGAGGGGAUCGGUGGUUUCGGCAUUUUCCAAGUCUUCUGAGGAGGAGGAGACGGAUUCUUCGACGCCGGCUUGGACUGAUGAUGAGAUUUUCUUGCGGCGGUUUGAGAGUUCGAGGGAUUCGAGACUGGCGGGUAAGAGUGUUCGCAACGAUCGGCGCACGAUGGCGAAGGAGAGUACCAGCUCCGGGAAGGUGGGAGAGAAGGUCGUCGGUUCGAGUGGAACUCCAGUCAAUGGUCUCAUCGUGGUGGGCGAACCAAAGGAUGCAGAGUUCAAGACGAUCAUGUCCACGGACGGACUGACGUUGGAGAUGGGCUCGGUGGCUGUCAGGAGUAAGAGGAAGCAGAGGGGUAAGAAGGUUCGUACUGGGGUAAAACCUGGUGGGAUGCAGGAUGAUGCUCCUCGGAUGGCGGCGAAGAGGACGUUAGAGGGACUUGAAUUGAAUCAGGGCGCAGAGUGA